AGACAUUCAGUUUCAGGUUUCAGUCAGUGUCAGUGUGUGUAGGUUAAGUGUGAGGAACAGUGGAUCAUUAGGGAUGUGAUUUCAGUGUGAAAGUCCUCAUGUGAUAGUGUCAGUGAUUUGAUCCAUGGCCUUGUCAAUAUAACGGUUUGCGACCUAACUGUUACACAACCUACUUAAAUGCACCCAGUGUUAUCACAAAUGUUCCUCAGCAAAUGUAAAUAAACCCAAAAUGUUAAAUCCAAAGAUUACGUUAGCAAUAGUGCUCCUAGUGGCCACGACCACCGUCGAAAGCAGGGUACCUCACAAACCACUCAGUGAAGCAGAUAUAAUAAGAGACUCAGCGAUAACGUACAUCGACGAAUUGUGGUCAAACAUAACAGACAAUUACGAGUGGAUCUACAAUGCGCAAAAAUCGCACGGAACGGACUCCGCAAUGCUACAGGCGUACAAAGUGAUCUGCGAUAGGAUAGACCGUUUCGUCCCCGCUUCGAUUCCCGAUGUUUGCGACGAUAUUUGGAACUACGCUAGAAUCAAGGUGGAGCUUGUCGGAGUGGAGGGUCUUUACGGCAACUUCAGGAAGUACCAGUUGGAGCCGGCGCACAAACACAAGAUGUUCCAGCGAGCGUGGGAGGACCUCGCGGAAUCCGUCCUACACGAGUCUGAUACUCUACAUUCCGUACCUAGCUCUCUGGAGGCUAUACACUACCUGGUGACUGGCAGUGAGCGAACCACUGAACCUUCCCUCUACACUCUCAUGGGGGAGGAAGGGGAGAACUCGCUAUGUCACGUUCAACAAUCACCACACCAGAUCAUCUACAACCUGUACAACUCUCUGCAAAUGACACAACUGAAAGGCUACACCAUGAUGCAGUUCUCCUGGAUGCUUCUGCGGCUUUAUAAGAAAGGAAAUUUCACAACGGAAUCACGACUCAUGAGGGAGCGCUAUCUGGAGAGGAUGGCUGAGCAAGCGAUUUCUCUCAAAGAGGCACUGAAAGAAGCGGACUCUGCGUAUUGGAAAUGUGACCCAAAACACCAAGUGGAGGGGGAAACGUACAUCCAGCUGACUAGGCUUCUACAGGGUUAUAUACAGAACGAAGUAGACAUGAAUCCAAAGCAGACGUGUUCCGAGAACUGCGGCUAUUACCAGAUGACCAAACAGCAUAGUUGUUAUGAGAACCAAUUCUGCGCCAAACAGAGGGCUUGCCAGGGAGAUAUUGUCGAGUGUCAAUUCAUAGACUCGGACAUGUGGGUUUGUCAGGCUGAUCCUACUGUGUCCAAACGUCGCUAUGACUGGAUUGAAUAUGAAAAUGGAAGAGUCUUAGGCAACAAGGGUUCCUGCCAUAGAACGAGCAAGGUGGACAGCUGGUGGAGAUGGCUUUUCUGGCAUUGCUCUUACUGUUUCUGCAUGUGCGACGACCCUACAAACUCCGACAGGUACUUCAGUCUGAGGAACGUCUUGUCUGACACGGAUAACAACAAAGUCGUCACCGGGAUCAGAUUCAUCAAGAUGAACGGAGUCGUCCACAUGCAGAUCCAAGAAGGCUCGUUGGGUCGUUACGGACACAUCAACGGAACUUCAUGGCAGUCAGUCGACAACUUCAAGACCAAAGACACCGUUGAGGGCAAGGACUACAUGAAAAUGUCUUACUACAAAAGAGCCAUUGAUUUGGACGAUCUUUUGGCACCUCCGGAACACGUUAUUACAGGAGUGAAAUUCCGAAUGGUUGGGUCCCACUUGAAUUUGGAAAUUCGAGCUACCCCGUUCAACUUCACGUCAGGCCAACUUCUCGACCCAGGCAGGAAAGACCAAUGGCUGAGCAAUGAUAAUACGGACGGAUCACCAGUUAAACCGAGGACCAAAGUGAGCCUAGACUCUGCAGACAAUCCGCUCCACUCGUUGUCGCCCUCCAGAAUAGACUCCAAGUCUGACCAGUACCUCUUGUUCACCCACUCGGACAUUGACCUAGACGCCGCCCAGACCACCGUACCCUUCAUCGACUCACAGAUGGUGUCGCCACAGCCCCCCGUCCCACUGUCAGGCAUCGGAGUCUACCACAAGGGUGUCAGGUGGUUCGGAGGAUUCAUCGGACUCAAAGUGUUCACCUACGACUUUGGAAACCACAUCGAAGACAGCUUUACCGACCUUAACGGAAUAGACACAGUGAACUAGCCCAUGUAUCAAAGUCUUAACUGUUGUAUCAAAUAGCCGUUAUCAAGUCAGAAAUAACCUUGAACCCUCACAAUUGAGGGUGUAAUAAAGAAUUUAUUAUUUUGUAAUAUGUUUUUUAAUUAGUAAGUUUUUAUAAAGUAAUUUUUUGUAAAAUGUGUUUCAUUGACAUGUCCUGCAUUAAUUUGUAUCCAUUCAUUUUGUAAGUAUAAGGACAAGAAUAAAUUAUAAUUUGUGUAGGCCUACUGCACAUUUAUCAUUACCGUAAUUUCAUUUCAACCAAAAACCUAUUAACAUGAUUAGUUAACUUAUCUUCCAAAGACAGUUGCUUGUGUUUGAAAUUUAGUUUAACAAUAAUUAACUCAAAGACUGGCAUUAGGGACAUAUGUGUUUGUUUUGACAAAAUUUGAGAAUGACAAAACUAUUAUGAUAUAUUAUUUUAUAUUUUCUCAAAUUUGUUUUUUUAUGGAAUGGGCUUAUAUUGAUAGGUAAACCCAUUUAUACAAGUAAAAUAUACAAGAGGAUGCAGUAAAAAGAUUAGGUGCGCUGCUUGACUACUUGUUAUGUAAACAUUGCAUUUCAUCCACAACACAUUUUAUCAGAUCAAUACUAUCAAUAAGUGUCCAAGUAUUUAAAUAAGUUCAUCUUGUAUUGUAAUUACAUUUUAGUCUAUAAGGCACUAAGGCAGUGAUACAAACAAAUUUACGUUUAUUUUGUGGUAAACUAAAAAUGACAAUAAUUUUACUACCAUAAUGGUGGUACAAAAUAUGAGAUGUAUUUGUUUGCUUUAUUGAUUUAUUACCAGUAUAAAUUAUUGAUUUGCAUUUAUGUGUUAAAAUUUUGAUGAUUAGUGAUUGCCAACUAAAAAUCAUCUUACUUGAAUGUAAACUAGAUUUAAUUAUUUGUAAUAAAAAGACUUGCAUUAAUAAAUGAAUA